AUGUCGGACUCGACACCUAUCACCAGGACCUGUUUCUUCGACAACUUGGAGAGUCCAAGCAUCAGAUCGCGCGACGACUCCUCGGGGGUCAGUCUUCUUGUCCGCUUGUUCUCCUUGAUAGGCUCGUCAAAACUGCACUGGUUCAACGGCUUGUACUCGAGCUCCUCGUCAGGAACAACCUCGCCAUUAUACUUAGCCUGGGUUUGCAACCGGCUCUUGUAUGCCUUUGAUCUGGAAGCCAGACCCAUGUCGAACAGGUCCAUGGCCUUGGAGAUGUACAGGAACGAGUUCGGAUCGUAUUGA